UGAAGUGGCGACAGGCUUUUGACAGCUACUUAAAAACUCUGCCUCCGUACUACUUAUUAGUAUGUAUUUAUGUGUAUAUAUAUGCAUUAGCUGUAUCAGUGAUGAUUCUUGUCACCAGAAAUGUCAGUGAACCAAACACUGGACCCUUGAAAUAAGCUCAAUAUUUUUAUUGCUAAAUAUUUGUAUCGCCACUGUCUUCUCAAGUUAUGUGUAAGAGAAUUGUUUCUUUAUUUUAUUGCCUUUAACUGCCAUGGUUUUGUUUUGUUUUUGUUUUUGUUUUUGUUUUUUUAUAACAACACGUCUAUCUGUGUUUCUCUUAUGAAAAGUAACCUUAUGAAAGUGGAAUUUGGGGAUUUAAGAAAAAUAGGUCUGGAUUCAUGUAUGAUAUCAACUUCCCUUUUUAACUCUAGAAAUUUUCAAUAUGUGGUUUCCCUCUGAAAAACAACUCGGAAGGCUGGAUAUGGACAUUCUGCCUGUUAAACGUGUCCAAGACACAGCACGAGGCAGGGGUGCUGGUUGGGGGAGGGGAAUCCAAAAAGAACAAAAAGCUACUUGGCCUCAUUUGGGUUUCUACAAUUUGGGAAAAAACAGUCAUGAUGAUUUUGAACUGGUUGUAUAAUCGAAAUCAAGACGAUCAAAAUCAUUUCAGAGGCGGAUAUGGCAAACUUUCAGCCAAGUUUCUAGAGGUGAAAAGGCAGAAUCUUAAAGGGUACCAUUGGUAUCACUGGGAGGAGAAAUUGGGGUGCAUCAGUAUUUACCAUGGCAGGAACGGGGUGCACGAUAAAAUGCAAUAUGAAAUGAUUUUAUGACUCGGGACUUAAGCCUGAAAGCAAUUUACCUGUUUGAAUUUGCUGUUUCUUGCUCUUCUUAUCCCACUGUCUUCUGAUUUUGUUACUUUCUGCUUCUUACUCCUCUGCUGUAUUCAUUGCCACUUUUUAAUGUUCCAUGUUUGGUUUUAUGUGCAGCACCUUGACUUCUAAGAAAUGAAUCGUGUCCCUUUGCCCCUUAUAACUGAACUUUGAGUAUUUUAAGAUUUAUUCUAUUCUUACUGUUGUGUAUUUUGUUUCCUUAUAGCCAUUAAAGAAAGCACUAAGGAUGAUGGGAGCUCCAAAUCUGAUAUCAGAUAAUUUAGAUUGUGGACUUAGUUACAGUGUUAUCUCUUACCUUAAAAAACUCAGCCAACAGACCAAACUAGAGUCAGAACGAAUACUAGCAUCCGUGGGGAAGAAACCUCCCCAGGAAAUUGGAAUCAGAGUGAAAAACCAUUCUGGAGUUGGCGUGUCCUUGACGCACAGUAAAAAUUUUAGAAAACUAUUAAAAGAAAUCAUAGGGGAAAGUGCACCAAGACUGACAGAAUUGAAUACCAAAGAAUUUGCUGGCUUCCAGUUAGGGCUCUUAAACAAGGAUUUGAAACCUCAGACAUAUAGAAAUGCUUAUGAUAUUCCACGUAGAGGUCUUUUAGACCAGUUAACGAGAAUGAGAUCCAAUCUCCUGAAGACACACAAGUUUAUUGUGGGACAAGAUGAAGAUUCCCUUCAUAGCGUUCCAGUGGCACAAAUGGGUAACUAUCAGGAGUAUCUAAAGACAUUGGCUUCCCCCCUUCGAGAGAUUGAUCCUGAUCAACCAAAAAGACUGCAUACUUUCGGCAACCCAUUCAAACAAGAUAAGAAGGGAAUGAUGAUUGAUGAAGCAGAUGAGUUCGUAGCAGGGCCACAAAACAAAGUGAAGCGUCCGGGAGAAGCCAGCAGUCCUCUGUCAUCUAAGAGAAGGCGGAGUAUGUCCCUGCUGUUGGCGAGACCACAAACACCACCUACUGUAACUAACCACGUGGGUGGCAAGGGACCACCCUCAGCCUCGUGGUUACCAUCUUAUCCAAACCUCCUAAAACCCACCCUUGUCCAUACAGGUAUAGAGUAGUGGUUGUGCUUUCCUUAUGGCUCCUAGAGGACUAAGACACUAAGCAACUUUCCAUUUCCUUUGUACUCAUGUCUUUCGUAUGUGCUUUUUGGUCAUUAAGUAAACUGUUAUUAAACCAAAGGUGCCCCAUGGGGGAGCGGAGGCCCUGCUUGUGGUGGUGGGAGCAUGUCUGCUGCGUGAAUCAGAAAGAGGCAGCAGGUUCCUGAAGCCGCAGGAGCGAACAGGCUCAAGAAGACCUCGGCUGGGUCUGGGCUGCCUCUGUGGCCUCAUGUCCCCAUCCUGCUCUCACCCAGUGCAGUCCGGCUCCGCCUUUCCUUUCCACUGCCAAGGGCAUCAUCAGGGUCUACCAUGUCUGCCACCCGUGGCCAUUGCUCCUUCGUGUCAUUUGACGUGGUUUUUCGCUCCCUCCCCCAUGGAAACUUUCUCCAGUUCCCAGACACUACGACCCCUAGUUUUCUUUGCCCUUUUAUGGCAGCCCCUCUUGAUCCUCUUUUUGUGGUUCCUGCCCUUCUCUCCCACCUGUAAAUAGUGUAGGGACCCGAGGCUCCAUCCUGGCCCCUCUCCCCUCCCUAGGUGAUCCCAUACAGUCUUGGGCUCUCCAAGAGAUACACGUGUCAACAACUCACGUAUUUACCUCUCUUGACUACAGCUUGCUCCAAAAACCAGACUUGAAUUUGUCGAUGGACAUAGUAUCUCCACCGAGAUGUCCGAUAGGCAGACAAAACUCAGUGGGCUUCACGUGGUUCUUGGGAAAGCCUCACCUCUGUUGUCUCCGUAACAGCUCUCCCUACAGCCGUCCCCAGGGCAUGACGCUUAAUCUUAAGUGACACCAUUUGGCAGUGUGUGUUGCUAAAGCUGUGUGUGACAGCCGGCCGUUGGAGGGUGUGGGGGUUGGGAGAGCGAAACCCUGGGUUACAGUGUCUGCAGGUUUCCACAGUGUAAAUAAUGCCAGCAUUCUUGAGGUCAGGCCGUGGGCGUGAGGUCACUGAGCCAGGUCAGGAAGAGCCGGGUGCAAUCCCCUCUCAACGAGCAGGUGGGCACCAGCCCUUGCCCAGCCCUGGCACUAUUAUUUCCCCAGGGGUUCAGGUGAAAACCGUUGGAGUCACCAUGAUUCCUCUCAGUUCUUCUCUCACUUCCAUCUCUUAGCAAAUCCAGGCAACCUGACACCCGAUGGAAUCCCUGUCUUGCCCCCUUUGUCUCCAUCCCUCUAGUGUAUGCUGCCACCAUCUGUCCCCAAACUACUACAGCAGCUUCUCAUCUAAUUUCCCUGCUUCCCAUUCUCGGCCCUGUCUAACCCAUACCCUGCCCUGUGGCCGGAGUGACACUGUCCGCACAGAAACCAGAUCGUGCCACAUCCAUUGGGAAACCCAUCGUCAACUCCCCUUGCACUCAGAACAGAGUCUGAGAUCCUGACACUGGUCUCCAUGCCGUGCGUGACCUGGCCCUGCCAGCCUCUCCUGCCAUCACGUGUCCUUUCCACGUCCUCCUUGCUCUCUCUGCCUCUGACUUUUGCUCCAUGGCCCCGGCUUGUCCCCUCAUGGGGGCUGUGCACGGCCCUCACGGCAACCAGACCGCCGCCUCUGUGUGUGCAUGGGCCGGCUCUGUCUCUGCUUCUGGCUCUGCACAGGGGUCCCCUCCUCACAGCGCCCUGCCUGACCUCGGAUCGUGGAGGUUUCCCGUCCUGCUGUCACUCACAUCCCUGCUUCCUUCCUUCCCAACACAAAGUCAAACUGUGUUAUUCCCUUUGCCCAUUGUGCACUUACUGUCUGCCUUCCCCAUGAGAAUGUAAGUUCCAUAAGGGUAUGGAUUGUUUCCGUCUGUCUCAUUCCCUGCUGAUCCCCAGGCUUUGGCUUGGUGCCUGGCCUGGGGAAGCUGAGCAUAUGAAGUACAGGGAUCAGACUUGGGAGGAAAAGGAAACCCACUUCUUUGUCACAGAAGGGAAUGAUGAGAAUCAUAUACAGACAAAGAUUUUUGGUGAUGGAGUCCAUAUAGAGCCUUGAGACCUAAUGGCCACCUCUGUUUUCCUCAGAACUUUCGAGGUAGAGAAGAGAGUUUGCAGGGGGCCCACGUAGUGUGGCGCCAAACUCAGUGAGGCAU